CGCCCGCCUCUGCCUCGACGGCGGCGGCCCCGCGGGUGAUUGACGGCGGCGGCCGUUGGGGGAGGAAAAAAAAAGCCGCCGGUCCCUCGCGCCGUCCGUCCGUCCGUUGGGCCGUCCUGAGGCGGGGGCCAUGGGGGCAGGAAACGAGUGAAAGGAAAGGGGAAAGAAGGAGGGGUGUCUCGCUCUGAGGUGCGCGCGAGGCCUCGCCGCCCGUUUCUUCCUCCUCAGAAGCGCCAUGGAGGACCCGCUGCUCUCGGCGGCGCCCAUCAACCCCAACAACUUCCCGGCCAAGCUGUGGCGGCUGGUGAACAGCCCGCGCUUCCGCUCCAUCCGCUGGGACGCCCGCGGCGAAGGGCUCCUCAUUGACCAGCCCUUGUUCGAGGCGGAGCUCCUGGGCGCCGGGGGAGGAGGAGGAGCCGGGGGAGGCGCGGCGGUGGCGGCCGUUGGGGGAGGCGGCCCAGGCGGCGAUGGAGGCGGCGCCUCGGCCUCGUCGUCGGGCGUCCCCUCAGGGCCGCCCGCCUCCCCGGAGCUAUUCAAGACCACCAACUUCACCAGCUUCAUCCGCCAGCUCAACCUGUACGGCUUCCGAAAAGUGGUGCUGGGCCCGCCCGGAGGGGGAGGCGGAGGAGGGUCGGCCUCGUCUUCUUCGGCCUCCUCGGCUUCCUCCUCUUCCCCGGCUUCGUCGUCGUCCUCGGCCCCCGGCGGCCCUUUGCACCAUUUCCACAGCCCGCACUUUCGCCGCGACCGGCCCGACCUGUUGGUGCACCUCAAGCGCCUGACCAGCGCCAACAAAGCCAAGCUGGCCGCCGGGCUGGAAGUCACCAGCCGCCCGCCCAACCGCUUCCAGCGCCUCCUCAGCACUUCCCUGCACGGCGGGGAGGCCCUUCUGGCGCAGCAGCACCAGCACCACCAGCAGCACAACAGCCCCGCGGGGCAGGCCGCCGCCGCCGUGGCAGCAGCAGCCGCCGCCUCCGCCGCCGGGGCGGCCGCCAAGAGCAGCGACAACAAGCCCGGUGAGAGAGACGGCGCGACGCAGCAACAGCUCCUGCAAGACCAGAAGGCUCUUGAGCGCGUGCAGACACCACUGACUUUAGGACAGUUUCACCGGUCUUUUCGGCGAGAUAAUUUAUCUCCAUACUCAUACCUGUCACCAUCAUCUCACAACCAAAAUACCUUCCCACUGAAAGGUUCAGAACGGACUCCUCUUCCUCCAAGAACAUGGCAGAACUCCCUUGGGAUGCUCCCAGGGCAGGUGGAGACAUCAACUUUUUCUGACAAAGGAGUUCCAUUUCCUGUGCUCCAGAGGUUUCCAACUGAGGUAACUUACACUCUGCAGCCCAGCGCUACCUCAGUGCACAUUCAGCAAGGACCGCAGACGAUUGCUGCAUCAUCCCAGAAAUAUACCAGUUACGCAGCUUCAGCACCAUACUCCCAAGCUUACUACCCAACAGCUGUAUUACAGUGUUGCUCUCCACCUACCCACAUGGAUCCCUUAAGUGGCUGUGCUAGUCCUACUGCCUCAACCUAUACACACUGCAGUUAUUUUCAGAACCCAUCAAUGCAGUCUUCAUACCCUGUUGAAUUUCUACCUUCUAACUGGUCCUGCAACACCUCUGAUGAAAACAAGAAGACAGAAGUAAACUUGGAGGCUGUCUUCCAGAUUGUAGAUGAGAUGCAUUCGUCCCCCAAGUUGGAAAUGGUGAAGGUGGAACCAGUGGAGAGCCAGUGUCCAACUUCACAGCCAAACCGAGGCCAGCAGUUACUAGUUAAUCCGGGGAACAAUGAUGCACCUUCUUCAGGCCAGGCUAGCCACCUAGAACCUCUGACACCUGUGGGCUCAGAUAUUACAUCCUUUGUGGUGGAAUCAGAGCAAGCUAUAGCAUGCUCCUUGCCGCAGUCUCCUGAGUUUAUUUACACUAUCCACACCACUGAACCAGUGGAGAAUACCACAGCGCAAAUAGUGCAGCAGCCUGCAGCCACGCAGCCUACACCAGCAAAGCUGAAAGAACAGCUGAACCAAUCUUCAACACAGUCUUCCAUGGUGUUUGUACAGGAGGAACUUCCCUUCAGUCAGCCGCAGGAGGAUCCCAGUAUCAAGUGUCAGACAAAUCCAUCAGAGACAGUUGUGUCUUCAGAGCAGAUAGGAUUCCUCCUUUCGGAGGUGGGUCCUCUCAGCAAAUGUGCCAAAGAUUCAGUUUCCUCCAUCCAAACCAAAUGCAGAGAAAGAAGGAGCAGUUCACAGAAGGGCAAGUCCCCUGAUCUACAUCUGCUAGUGGAUGUGGCUUGCAAACAAGAACAUUUUCCAAAGGAAGAAGAAUUAAGGGAGUGAGAACUUGGUGGAAAGUGUGUGCAAAUGCUGAGUAGUGGCCAGCUGGGGAAGAGCAGUGCCUUUCACUCCAAAAGGACUUUGGAUACUUUUCCUUCGUUAUUAACAAAACACUCUCCUUAUCUGGUCAUUUUUGUUUCACAUGUAAAUAGUCCCGUCAUUGUUUUUAUUAUACCUCUUUCAUAGGUUUAAAUAUUUUUUCUGGUCAAUUUCUCCUGAUUUAUUUGCCCAAACUCUUUAAAAGUAGAAAACAUGGUCUCUUGAUAAACAGAAAAACUUAACAUUCUCAGGGAGCUGUUCCAGUUGCAGAAUGUUCUUUGUUUUGCACUGGAAUGUCUACACUGUGUUGUAGCAAACAGCAGCAGCAGCUUCUCCCACCCUUAGGACUGUUUAAAAUUCAUUUGGAGAGCAUUUAAAGGUGGAGGCUUUUCCAAAACAAACGGAACUCAAAGGAACUUGAGGUCUCAAAAUCUGAGGUCCAAAUUGGUCAUUAAUUCUAGAAAGGCACUCAGAAUGAUGAGCUCAUAUUCUAGGUGAUUGCACAGGAAGUUUUCUUCUUUUUUGCAUUUGUUCCUUUUCAACAGCAAAUAUUAUCUUGUCUAAGAGAACAGCUGCUGCAUAUUUUAUGUUAAUGUAGCAUACUUGGGUUUUAAUAAUUUCCUCAUUCUAGAGGCACUUUAUAAUAAUUAGUUAAGGCAAUUGUUGUUUUACUAUAUUGCUUAGUUUAAAUAUAUCUUCUCAGGCUAUUUUAACUUGUUUAACAUAAUUAUAUUUAUUGAUAAUAUAUGUUAAAGAGCCAUGUCUUUGCACUCCUAUUUAUUUGUGUUGUAAGUAUAUUGGUAUAUAUGUGUUUGUGUUUGUGUGUGAAUGAUGUAGCACGGUGAGAAUGUGCUUUAAGCUAGUUCACUCAUAUUUUCAGUGUCAAAUUCUGCCACUGUGAAAAAUGCACAAGAAAGUACUUGAAAAAAGCAGAGAGAACAAACAGAUCUGCAGCUUAUUGCUCUCUUACAUUCGUUAUCUCCCAGUACCCAUGUGAACAGCAGGAUGAACCAAGGUCAGAUGUACAUACUUGGCUGGAGCCUCAUAUUAGACAGAGAUCUUAAUGUUAUGUCUUUUCCUUCAGAAAUGCCAUUGCAUAUCUUACCAGAUAUUUUGAAUACUUUGAGAUAGCCCUCAAUUAGUCUUCUGCAACCUUGUUUUUCCAUCUUGAAAUUCAGUAUUAUUUUAAAACAAGCAGGUCAAAUUGAGCUGGGAAAUGCUAUUGUAAUCAGGGACUAUCUAGCAGGGUCUCUGAGAUGCUGAAACUGAAUGGUAAGAGUUGUAGUAGUCAUGUUGCUUGAAUCCAAAAUAGCUUAGCGAUGGGUGUUUGGCGCCAGACUAGUAUUGAUCCAUAUUAAUGCAGGCAAAACUGAUUUUUUGACACUCCUUCAUAGGAUUAUUCCAAAAUUUCUCUAGUAGUCAUUUAUGAGCAAUCAGUAAAGUAAGAGCUUUCACAUGGGUCUGUAGUUUUAAAGCGGAAUUAGGAAAUUGUAUUUAUUAUCUUUCUCCUGUCCAUGAGCUAAUUGAAACAAAGAGGCCAAGGAGCUGGAUCUCCUGCCAUAUUUAUAGGCACAAUUAUUUAAUUUUACUGGCUCUUGAGCAUUUGUAAGAUAGCAAAAGAGAAAGGACAUUCACACUGUCUAAAGAAAUCUGCAUAGAAAUCUGCACAGUAUCGCUGAAACUAAUAGAACAGGGUUAACUCUCCAGAAUAGGUCUUCUCAGUGUUUCCACAGUUUUAGCCCUAUUGUAUGUAGUCAAUAAACAAUAAAGUGCCCACUCCAAAGAA